CCCACUGUGACUGUUCCCUCACUGCACUUUACCGCAUUAGGACGAAUUAUUUUCCCAUAGUUAAGGAAAUCAGUGAGAAUCUCCAUAGUGAGAGGAAAAAAAAAAAGCUAAUAGUAAUAGAAAAAAAUUUAACCAAGUCGUUUUUGAAAACCUUUUAACUUCGUUGUUAAGCUAAUACCAAUAAACUAGAUCAAAAUGAGCCAAUCUGCUCCAAAGUGGUACCAAUCUGAAGACGUCCCAGUCCCAAAGCAAACCAGAAAGACUGCUCGUCCACAAAAAUUACGUGCCUCCUUAGUUCCAGGUACCGUUUUAAUUUUAUUAGCCGGUAGAUUCAGAGGUAAGAGAGUUGUUUACUUAAAGAACUUAGAAGACAACACUUUAUUAGUUUCUGGUCCUUUCAAAGUCAAUGGUGUUCCAUUAAGAAGAGUCAACGCCAGAUACGUCAUUGCUACUUCCACUCAAGUUAGUGUUGAAGGUGUUGACGUUUCUAAAUUCAACGUUGAAUACUUUGCUAGAGAAAAGACUCCAAGAUCCAAGAAAUCCGAAGCUGAUUUAUUCAAUGAAGCUCAACCAAAGAAAGAAAUCAAGGCUGAAAGAAUUGCUGAUCAAAAGUCUGUUGAUGCUUCUUUAUUAGCUGAAAUUAAGAAAACCCCAUUAUUAAAACAAUACUUGGCUGCAUCUUUCUCCUUAAAGAAUGGUGACCGUCCUCACUUAUUAAAAUUCUAAAUUAUUUAAACAUUAAUACUUUUAAAUUUUUAAUGUCUCAUAAUUGGAAUUAAUCCCCCCUCCUCCCCAUUAUAUAUCUAAACCAUAUAUAUCAACAAAAAAUUUAUUAUAUAAACUUCAUAAUAUACCAGAAGAAGAAUUUAUCGCGUUUUCUUCAUGGUGUAAUCCUUUCUCUUUGUAUAUUUAAUACAUUUCAAUCGAUAAUAUA